CCGCAUGUAAAGUCAUAUAACAAAUCCACAACUCCUAUAACGAAUCCACAACUAUACAGAUAAUAUAAGAUUGAAUCACAUUGUAAUAUUGUAUACAAUACACUCAUUAGGACCUAUAGUACCACUGCACAUACCGCUUUCAAUGACCAAAAAUAUCAAAUUCUAUAAGGAUAGCCGUGUGCUAGACUGGGUUUUAUCCAUUUUUACAAGAUCUAAAAAGAAAGCCAACUUUCUCAAGCCAACUCUCUCUAUUUAUAUUCUUAUUUUUCUCACUCUUUCUCAAUCAUAUACGCAGGCACAAAAUCUAGCUUGAAAAAGGGCAACAUCACAAAACUUAGCUUCAAAUCUUCAAACCCCACCAAAAAAAAACCCAGAAAAUGAAGGGAAAAGAAGAAAGAGAAACAGAAUCAAGAAUUGAAAUCCCUUUACUGGAGAAAUUGGAUGAUGAAGAAGAUUCAGGAGGAAAAGGGGCAAGUUUAACAAGUGCAGUAUUCAAUAUAUCAACUACUAUGAUUGGGGCUGGAAUUAUGUCAAUUCCUGCAACUUUUAAGGUUCUGGGUGUUUUUCCAGCUUUGAUUGUUCUUGUAAUUGUUGCAAUUAUGGGAGAUAUUACUGGAGAAUAUAUGUUAAGGUAUACUCAUUCUGGAAAGUCAACUACUUAUGCUGGAUUGAUGGGGGAGUCUUUUGGUAGAGUUGGUUCACUUGCUUUGCAAAUUUGUGUUAUGAUUACUAGUUUUGGGUGUCUUAUCAUCUAUCUCAUUAUUAUUGGGGACGUGCUUUCUGGAACCCAUUCCGGGAGCACCAUCCACACUGGACUACUACAGGAAUGGUUUGGGUUUUAUUGGUGGACUUCGCGUGCCUUUGCAAUUCUCUUUGUGGUGCUUCUUGUUAUCCUUCCUCUGGUGUUGUUUCGUCGUGUAGAUUCACUUAGGUACACUUCAUUAUUGGCAAUUCUCCUUGCCUUAGUGUUUGUUGUCAUAUCCUCAAUAUUGGCAAUAGAAGCAAUGUUGGAAGGAAAAACACAAAACCUGAAACUAGUGCCUGAUUUUUCCCGUCAAGGCUCAAUCCUCAGUCUUUUUACCACCAUCCCAGUUUUUAUGACUGCUUUUGGAUAUCAACUCAAUGUUCAUCCUAUAAGGGCAGAGCUUGGAGAACCUUCAGACAUGAGAUUGGCUAUCAGGAUAUCACUUGUCAUAUGCGCUCUCUUUUAUUUCUGUAUCGGGUUCUUCGGCUAUCUAUUAUUUGGGGAUUCUAUUGAUGCAGACAUGCUGGUGAACUUCGAUCAGAUUGGUCAUGGUACUAUGAUCGGUUUAUUAAUCAAUGCCAUUGUUCGAUUAAGCUAUGCAGUUCAUCUCAUGCUGGUGUUUCCUUUGAUAAAUUUCUGUCUGAGAGCCAAUUUAGACGAGCUCUUCUUUCCGGACAAGCCUGACUUAGCCAAAGACACACCAAGAUUCAUAUGCCUCACGUCUAUAACACUUGUCCUUGCUUAUCUAGUUGCAAUCGCCAUACCAAGCAUAUGGUACUGCUUCCAGAUACUGGGUUCAACAACUGUUGUUUUCCUCAUACUCAUAUUUCCAUCCUCUAUCAUUCUAAGGGAUAUUCAUGGGAUCUCUACAUCAUGGGACAAGGUGGUCGCAGUCUUGCUUGUACUUGCUGCGCUAUUUACCAGCACAAUUGCUAUGUGGACCAAUUUGUCCACUCCUUCGGGGAGUACAGCCUAACUGUUUUCUCGCAGUCACCCACAUUUUAGCAGGUUUUAUAGUUGAUCGUGAUUUGUGCACUUCAGUUCUAGCUGAAGUUUGCUGAUCUGGUGAUCACACUGGUCAGUUUAUCCGUCUCUCUUAUUCGUCAGGCUUCAUUAAUCUUCCGCGCCUGGAUUUUCCUGAAUUGACACAUUUUCUUGUGGUGGUUGAUUUAACCAAUGUAUAUUCUUCCUGUAAAAUGUAAAUAUUCUUUUCUGAACCACAUUUAUCUGUACCAAGUACCAACAAGAGAGAGCUGGUCUGAGUCUCUUUGGUUGAAGCUUCUUAGCAUACUGAAUUGAUUGUUGGAGUUCUCAUACUUGUCAGUGAAACUUUAAGGUGAAGGGAAGGCGCUUGUUUUUUUAUAUUGUGGCUGAAUGGAAUUUGUCAAACCUGUGAAUGAACAUGUCAAAGUGGUAGCGAUUGCAGCAUCGGAUCCUCGGUCCAAAGUGCAAGGGAUCCUUUAGACCUGUAGUUUGUAAGAUCUAUGUUGUUACUUUCUUUACAAAAUGCUCAAUUGUAAAUUGUAUUGUAUCAGUAGCUCAAUCUCUUUGGCUCCUGAACCAGUGAUUUUAGUUUAUGCAGUCAUUCUGUUUGUUACUGAUCUUGCAUGGUAUUAAUUCAUGUAGUCAUGUUAGAAAUACUCGUAAAACUUAGGCUCUACACCACAUCGUUGUAAAUUUCUUGUUUUCAGCUUUUAGAGUUAGAAAGGGUAAAAUCAAUAUAAGUUAUACUCCGUAAAAAAAAAAA